CCUCUCUCUGGCUUCGUCUGCCCGAUAUUCGGACCUCUCGGCGACGCGGCUUGCUAGAACUUCGGAAACAAACUUCUCCACUCCGCUCCACAGUUUUGUUAAGUUGGGACCAGGAUGGGCAAAUUUGCUUCCCCUGCGCUUCUGGUCUUUAGCCUGCUUCUUCUGGUCGCCGCCGGAGUCUGCGAUAAUAAUGUAUGUACCACAAGAGGAGCAAAUUCAUGUCAACAGUGCCUGGCUGUAAAUCCACAUUGUGCUUGGUACUUCAAUGAGUUUAUGCCAAAACCUUUCUCUCGCUGUGAUUUCACUGAAAAUCUUCUUCAGAAUGGCUGCCCAAAAAAGUAUAUAGAGGAUCCAGCCAGCCAGACCUUCAUACUGGAGGACAGACCUCUCAGUGCCAAAGGAUCAGGGAGUGACAUUACCCAAAUGACUCCACAGAAGAUUGAACUCCACCUGCGUCCAGAUGACUCCCAAACUUUCUCAAUACAAGUGCGCCAGGUGGAAGAUUAUCCUGUGGACAUUUACUAUCUAAUGGAUUUGUCUAACUCCAUGAAGGAUGACCUCCAUAAUAUCCAGAACUUAGGUACCAAUCUUGCCAUGGAAAUGCGCAAAGUGACAAGCAACCUGAGGAUUGGCUUUGGAGCUUUUGUGGACAAACCCCUGUCCCCUUACAUGUACAUUUCCCCUCCAGAGGCCAUUGAAAACCCAUGCUAUGACUUGAAACCACCAGAUGAUCACUGCCUGCCAAUGUUUGGCUACAAGCAUGUCCUAGCUCUCACAGAUGAAGUCAAGCGCUUCAACGAGGAGGUAAAGAAGCAAAGCGUGUCUAAGAAUCGAGAUGCACCUGAAGGAGGAUUUGAUGCCAUCAUCCAAGCAGUUGUCUGUGAUGACAAAAUUGGCUGGAGACCUGAUGCUUCCCACUUGUUGGUCUUCACCACAGAUGCCAAGACACACAUUGCUUUAGAUGGAAGACUGGCUGGGAUUGUAAUACCCAAUGAUGGGGAGUGCCACAUGAACAGCAAUAACUAUUAUGAAGCUUCCACCACACUGGAUUACCCAUCCCUUGGCCUACUGACAGAUAAACUCUCACAGAAAAACAUUAAUUUGAUUUUUGCAGUGACUCAGAACAUAGUUGGUCUUUACCAGAACUACAGCGAGCUGCUCCCAGGCACUACUGUAGGGACCUUAUCAAAAGACUCGAGUAAUGUUUUACAGCUCAUUUUGGAUUCCUAUGGGAAAAUCCGUUCCAAGGUUGAACUAGAAGUCCGUAAUCUCCCAGAAGAAUUAUCCCUCUCAUUUAAUGCCACCUGCCUUGAUAAUGAAGUCAUUCCUGGAGCUAAGUCUUGUGUUGGACUCAAGAUCGGCGAUACAGUGAGCUUCAGCGUUGAAGCGAAGGUCCGUGGUUGCCCAAAGGACCGGCAGACCUCUUUCACCAUUAAGCCAGUCGGCUUUGAAGACAGCCUGACGGUUCUGUUGAAGUUUAACUGUGACUGUGCUUGCCAGGCGGAUGCCGAACCUUACAGCAAUAAAUGUAACAAUGGGAAUGGCACCUUUGAAUGUGGGAUAUGCCAUUGCCACCCGGGCCGGCUGGGUUCCCAAUGCGAGUGCUCUGAGGAAGAAUAUAGCCCAUCCCAGCAGGACAAUUGCAGCCCCACUCAGGGGCAACCAAUUUGCAGCCAGCGGGGAGAAUGCAUCUGCGGCCAAUGUGUUUGCUACAGCAAUGAUUUUGGCAAGGUAUCAGGCAAAUACUGUGAAUGUGAUGACUUCUCUUGUGUUCGCUUCAAAGGGGAACUAUGCUCAGGACAUGGGAAAUGCGUCUGUGGAGACUGUGCCUGCGACCCUGAUUGGACUGGAGCAUAUUGCAACUGUACAACUCGGACAGACACCUGCAUGUCCAGCAAUGGGUUGAUGUGCAGUGGGCAAGGCCGCGGAUACUGUGCCUGUGGGAAAUGUGUCUGUACUCAGCCUGGCUCUUUCGGAGAAACCUGUGAGAAGUGCCCAACCUGUCCCGAUGCCUGCACCAUCAAAAAGGAAUGUGUGGAAUGCAAGAAAUUUGGGAGAGGAAUCCUGAUAGAACAAGGCACCUGCAACCGUAAUUGCCGGGAUGAGAUUGAGUUGGUGCAGGAACUUGGAGGCAAGGGGAAAGAUGCUGCGAACUGUACAUACAAGGAUGAGAAUGACUGUGUAGUGUACUUCCAAUAUUACGAGGACUCCAGUGGCAAAUCUAUCCUCUAUGUUAUUGAGGAACCAGAUUGUCCCAAGGGACCUGAUGUCUUGGUUGUUCUUCUUUCUGUAACUGGAGCCAUCUUACUUAUUGGCUUGGCUGCUUUGCUCAUCUGGAAACUGCUUAUUACCAUCCAUGACCGACGAGAAUUUGCCAAAUUUGAAGAAGAGCGUGCUAGAGCUAGAUGGGACACGGCCAACAAUCCCCUGUACAAAGGAGCUACCUCCACCUUUACCAACAUUACAUACCGUGGGAAUUCGUGAGAUUGUAGUCUUCCAAGGUCUUCUCCACUCAUGUUUACAGAACUGUCUCUGUUAUGGGUGUGAGAGAUUUUUUUAAAAAAACAAAACAAAACACAAAACAGCCAUUGCUCAAGAGCCUUCACUGUUCUGCUGUCACAAGAAAGUAUCUGCACUGUGAUUCUUCCAAGACUCUCUUUUUUUACCUCAGCUUUCCCAAGGCUACGGCCUGGACUCAUAUACUGAAGAAGAAAGCAGGACUUGCUCUUCAGUAUGAACAGCACUGCAUAAAUCCAGGGUUAAGAGAAGAUGCUAUCUGAAGAAAAUCAGGGGGUCGUGAUUAUUGAGCUUUACAAUAUAACUCAGAUGUGAAUUAGUGAAAUUUGGGGUAGAGGAGCUUUGAAAGAUUCAUGAUAUCUAAGUCCAUUGCAAACUGAACCCCAAAUCUCUCAUCCGGGCAAACUUUCAAGGGGCUCAGCUGGCUGCUGGUGCUGCUACUAUUGCCCUUUUCAUCCAUCUUUCCAAACAUGAAAGAACUGGUUGGGUUGGCCAAGGAAACAGCCUGCUGAAAGUCCUUCAUUUACACUUUGCACACUGCUGUCUAACACAGAACGUGCGAGGAAGUAGGGGAACUUUCUUCAAAAAUCGUUGCUCCUAAUAAACAUAGCUUAGGGGGAGAGAGAACAAGAAAGGGAGUUCAUUGUGGGGCUUAGGAACCUGUCCAGUUCUUGUUUUGCUGUCAAUAAUAUUGGUGGCAUAAAGAAAAAUUCAUUUUCAAAUCCAAUGUUUUACAUAUUAGACCAGAGCUCCAAUAUUGUUAGACUAUUCUUUUUGUUACACAUAUCCCAAUAUAAUAAAUUUCUUGGUUUUAAUUUUUAGAAGGAAAGAGUUCCUAGUGUGUAUAGAUUAUUUGCUUUCUCUAGUGAAAAAAAGCACUCAGCAUUAAUCCCUUUUGUACGCUGACUUCACAUAUUUCUAGGUUUUGGGCUCAGAUUAUAUUCCUCUUAGAUAAUAUUUCACAUAACAGUAGUAUCUUAGUAGGGUUCACACAUGAUAACAAGUUCUAAUGUGGAAUUUUUGUUAUUGGUUUAGCAUCAUGUACAAAUUCAUUCACUGUAUUGAUAUUGUAUAUAAACUGGGCCACUGUAAUUUAGUCUUUUUUUUAUAGAAAUAGCACUGGAUAGGGAGUUGCACUUGAUGAUGCCCCAAAAGCCUUUCAUAUCUUACAGCCUAUGAUUCUCAUCAACAAACUGUAAUUUUAAAAUCCUUACUGCAAUGUGUGGACAUCAACACCUAAGUGCAUGAAUAUAUAACUACUUGAUCUUCAUGGGGAAGGUUGGGGAAGAAAAUGUAGAUCAGGCAUACCAGAGGUCCCACGUUUAAUCACCAGCAUGUCAGUCUAGAAAUCUCUUGUCCAACAAGAGUGAGCCCUUUGAACAUUGCUGCCUACCAGUACAAUACAAGGUAGCUGCAUAAGUUCAUAUCAUGCACCAUAUAAAGCCAGAAAUCUCCUUAUAAGUAAAUGACAGGUAGGAUUUGCCAUUUGCUUUACAAUGCUUCACCCAAAGAAUUGGGACAGAUUCUCCUCAGGUUCUGCUUUUCACUCAGGGAAUCAAUACUCACCCAGGUGAGUGUCCUCGAUGACCAGAAAACUCUCCCUCAAGUUUUCUGAAGCACGAGGGGCUUGCUGAAACAACCUGGCUAAAUUCUUGGGGUCUUUGUAUCAUAGAGUCUCUAACAUAGGUAAAGCAUGAAAGAUGUUUGGCAGGAUGAAAUAUUAUCAUACCUGACUUUCAGCGGCUCUUUUCAUCUUGCAGCUCUUUCCAUUAGAGACUCGAGGCCAUAUCUAAACUUGGGAGCAGAAUAAUAUAAAUGUGCCUUUCCUUUCUCUUUUGCUUUUCACAACUGCAUUAGUACCUUUACUGCUUUAACACUUCCUAUAAAUAUACAUAGCAUCUUGGAUCUCUCUGGUGUCUUUCUGCUUCUGUAAUUAAGAAAAUGACAUUUCAUUCUCCUAUUAAUAAAUGUUGAACACAAAUUUGUUACUAGGAAUACUAGAAAGAUUUUCAUAAAAAGAUUUUCUCUUAAAAAGAUUUGCACUGAACCAACUUUGAGGUAUACCUUUUAUGAUUUCCCACAGUCAUUCUUCUAGUUCCCUUAUCCCAAAGUCAAUGUAUUCUCAUUUUCAAUGUUGUUGAAUCCUAACUAUUUGUUC